UGCCAAAGAAAUGGAUGAAACUGUUGCUGAGUUUAUGAAGAGAACCAUCUUGAAAAUCCCAAUGACUGAAAUGAUGACAAUCCUAAAAGCCUGGGAUUUUUUAUCUGAAAAUCAACUGCAGAACAUAAACUUCCGGAAGAGAAAGGAAUCUCUUGUUCAUGACUUGGUUCUGCUUUGUGAGGAGAACCGUGCAAGUGUCAAUGAUGCUGCCCUUUUAGACAUCAUUUAUACUCAAUUUCAUCGGCACCAGAAAGUCUGGGAUGUUUUUCAGAUGACUAAAGAACCAGGUGAAGACAUUGACCUUUUUGAUAUGAAACAAUUCAAAAGUUCGUUUAAGAAAAUUCUUCAAAGAGCAUUAAAAAAUGUAUCGGUCAUCUUCAGAGACACUGAGGAGAACGCAGUCUGGAUUCGAAUUGCCUGGGGAACACAGUACAGAAAGCCAAACCAGUACAAACCUACGUAUGUGGUGUAUUAUCCCCAGACUCCAUAUGCCUUCAUUUCUUCCUCGCAGCUGAGGAGCAGUAUUCCCCUUCUGGGCCAGGCACUGACAAUUGCUAGCAAACACCAUCGGAUUGUGAAAAUGGACUUCAGAAGCCGAUAUCUGGACUCUCUUAAGGCUAUUGUUUUUGAAGAGUAUAAUCAGACCUUUGAAACUCACAACGCUACUACACCUCUACAAGAAAGAAGCCUUGGACUAGAUAUAAAUAUGGAUUCAAGGAUCAUUCAUGAAAACAGAAUAGAAAAAGACAGAGUCCAAAGAAUGACUCAAGAAAUUUUUGGAGACUACCCUCAACCAAGACUAGAAUUUGCCCAGUAUAAGCUUGAAACGAAAUUCAAAAGUGACUUAAAGAGAGGCAUCUUGGCUGAAAGAAAAGAACCCCUCCGGUGCCUAGUGAAGUUCUCUAGCCCGAAUCUUCUGGAAGCAUUGAAAUCCUUGGCACCAGCAGGUAUUGCAGAUGCACCACUCUCUCCAUUGCUCACUUGCAUACCCAAAAAGAGAAUGAAUUAUUUUAAAAUUAGAGAUAAAUAAGAUGUAUUUGGUUUUGUAAGCAUUGUAUCUCCCUGACAUAAUGC